CGGGCGCGUCGCGUGCAAUUCUGCAAUGCUUCUCAUGUUCAUGUCCCAGUAAACCGGCGGUGGAUCCACAGCCCGGGCUCCGUGAUGCGGCGGCGCUUGGACGAAGGCGUAGCGGGUGCCGCAGGCGCAAAGGCUCCGCGGCAAGGCAUCUUCAGCCACAGCCCCUGCGGGACCGCGCCCUCCGGGAAGCCUCAGAUUGUCAGCAACUCCAGAUCGCCACGGCUGCGGCUUGCAAAGCCCGAUUGCAGAGUGAAGCGGGCAACUAUAAGCAGGCCAGGCUCGCCUCAAAUGGCCCCGCCGCGGAGCCAACCGACAUGGCACGGAAACUGACG